CAAUACAGAAACGGCACCGCUAUCUUUCCCUCUUCUUCGACACCCUUCUUUUUCCUCAGCCAUGGAAGGCUUAAGCGAUGAUUUCUCCGACGCAUGGCAAGACCCAGACGCUUUCCUCUCCCAGAGUCAGUCCCUCUCUUCUUCCUCCGAGACCUACAUGCUCGGCUUCGUCAUCGCCAACAUCGUCGGCAUUCAGUACUACUCCGGCACCAUCAGCGGCCGCGAAAUGGUCGGUCUUGUCCGCGAGCCUCUCAACCCUUACGAUUCCAACGCAAUCAAAGUCCUCAACACCCGAAUGGUUCAGGUCGGCCACAUUGAGCGCACAGUCGUCGCCGUCUUAGCUCCGCUCGUCGACUCGGGCUCGAUUGUGAUUGAAGGCAUUGUGCCGAAGAAGCGGGCUUCGUCCAACAGGUUCAGAAUUCCCUGCCAAAUCCACAUCUUUUGCCGCUUCGAGGCCUUCUCCGACGUGCGAUCGGCGGUUAUGCGAGGCGGGUUGAUGCUGAUAUCGGACUCCGACGUGUCGUUCGGGCUCUCAGAGGCGAUCGUGGUCGAGGAGAGGAAGGCCAAGAGGGGGAACAGGAGUGUGGACAAGAUUUUCAAGCUGGUGGAUGAGGGUUUGAGCAAAAAGGGAAAGUUGCGAGCUUUGGAGCCGCCGAAGGAAGUGAUCAAAUCGGAGCUUUUUGCGCAUCAGAAAGAAGGUUUGUGGUGGUUGGCUCACAGAGAGAAUUCUGGGGAAUUGCCUCCGUUUUGGGAAGAGAAAGACGGGUCUUAUGUUAAUGUGCUAACAAAUUACCAAUCGGAUUCGAAACCAGAGCCUUUGCGAGGCGGGAUUUUCGCAGACGAUAUGGGGUUGGGUAAGACUCUAACUUUGCUUUCCUUGAUAGCUUUUGAUAAAUAUCCUAGUGAUCUUCCAUUUCCAAUCAGUAGUGGCAGUGGCAAUGUGGAUAAAGUUGAUGAAUUUGGUGAGGAAUUAGGUGAUGAAGUUUCUGUUUCUAGUGGUAAGAAGGGUAAGAGGAGUAGGCCAAGUAAGAAAACUUCGGGGUCGAGGAAAAAACGUAAAAUUUAUGAUACCAUUUUGGACAAAGACACAGAAGGAAAAUCUGGUGGUAAGACUACCUUGAUUGUAUGUCCUCCUUCUGUGUUUUCGACAUGGAUAACGCAGUUGGGAGAUCACACCAAGCCUGGUAGUUUUAAGGUGUACAUGUAUUAUGGCGAUAGGACUGACAAUUUUGAGGAGCUAAAGAAGUAUGACAUUGUUUUGACAACAUAUAGUACUUUGGCUACUGAGAGUUCUUGGUCAAAGUCUGCUGCGAAGGAGAUGAACUGGUGGCGAGUUAUUUUGGAUGAGGCACACAUGAUUAAGAAUGCGAAUGCUCUGCAAAGUCGAGUUGUUUGUGAUUUGAAGGCUAACAAGAGGUGGGUUGUUACCGGAACGCCCAUUCAGAAUGACUCGUUUGAUUUGUUUUCUUUGAUGGCAUUUCUGCGGUUUGAGCCAUUUUCGGUUAAGAGUUACUGGCAGAGCUUAGUCCAGCGUCCACUUGCUCAGGGGAACGAGAAGGGGCUAUCGAGGCUUCAGGUUCUAAUGGCAACCAUUUCCUUGCGAAGAACAAAAGACAAAGAACUGAUAGGAUUGCCAUCGAAAACCAUAGAGACUUGUUAUAUAGAACUUUCUAGGGAAGAACGUGAAGUGUAUGACCAAAUGGAAAGAGUCGCAAAGAAUGUUCUACAGGGUUACAUUGAUGCUGGUAGUCCAACAUCCAACUAUACAACUGUACUCAGUACGAUCUUACGACUUCGCCAAAUCUGUAUUGAUCUAGCCCUGUGCCCUUCAGAUAUCAAAUCCUUGCUCCCUUCUAACAAUAUUGAAGAUGUAUCCAACAACCCAGAGUUGCUUCAGAAGAUUGUUGAGGUACUGCAAGAUGGUGAAGAUUUUGACUGUCCAAUCUGCAUUUCUCCACCGACUGAUAUGGUGAUCACUAGUUGCGGUCAUAUCUUUUGCCAUGCUUGUAUUAUGAAAACAUUAAAGCACACCAAGUCCUCGUGCCCUCUCUGUCGACAUCCUUUAACAACUACGGACCUGUUCUCGGCUCCACCACCAUCCUCUAAUGCUGAAGAUGAAGAAUCUUCCUCGAGAUCAGCCGUAUCUUCAAAAGUUUCUGCUCUUCUAAAACUUCUUGUAGCAUCAAGAGAUCAUAAGUCAGCUACAAAGUCGGUUGUAUUCUCACAAUUUAGAAAAAUGUUGGUAUUACUUGAAAAACCACUAAAAGAAGCCGGAUUUAAGAUUUUGCGGAUAGACGGAUCUAUGAAUGCAAAGAGAAGGGCUCAAGUGAUUGAAGAAUUUGGAGUCUCGAAAAAAGAUGAGACCACAAUCUUGCUUGCAAGUCUCAAGGCUGCAGGGACAGGUAUAAAUCUAACAGCUGCUUCUCGAGUCUACUUCCUGGAGCCAUGGUGGAAUCCAGCAGUUGAGGAACAAGCUAUGGACCGCAUCCACAGAAUUGGACAGAAAGAGGAAGUGAAGAUUGUGAGAUUGAUUGCUCGGGACACCAUCGAAGAAAAGGUUCUAGAGUUGCAGGAGCGGAAGAAAAAACUCGCAAGGGAAGCUUUUGGAAAAAGAGGUUCAAAGGAUAGGACAGAAGUAGGAAUCAACGAUCUCCGUGCUCUAAUGUCUAUGUGAGCUUGUUUUUAGUCUUGAGACCAUGAAUGUAUAGGCAUGUGAGUUCCGCAUUUCAUAAAUUAUGUAUAAAUAGGUAAGUUUUUGGUGAUCUCCAUGCCCUUUUGGCUUUUGCUUUAAAAAUAUGUCAAUGGCUCUAAAAUGCACCAUGUUGCGUUGUUCAUUGGCUUUCAUGCGAUAAAAAUGUUUGGUUUAGCUAGUUUUAAUGCAAUAUUGAGUGUGACUUUUGUUACAAGGCAUUGA